AGUGAAAGGUGAUUUUUGGGGGGACAGGGAGAGUAAGACUUAAAGCCUGCAUAAUGACAGCAUAUGUGUCAGUGGUGAUUGUGGGUGCUGUGGUCAUGCUUACACUGUUAUGGAUCCUGCUCAUCUACCUCCCUGGAAAAGGAGACAAAGUUACACAGGGAGAACCCAAUGGAUGUCAGUCAGCAGCUGUUGGGUCUAGACUUCUGCACUCUUUCUAUCAGUUCUUUCCCCGUUCUCUCUCUCCCUCUCUCCCUGGCCCUCUCUCUCUCCCUCUGCUGGGCAACAUGCUGGAGCUGGCACACGACCACCUGCCCAGUCACCUGACCUCCCUGGCACGUCGCUAUGGCAACAUCUACCGCCUCAAGUGUGGCAACACAACCAUGGUGGUAUUAAACAGUGGGGACGUCAUCAGAGAAGCCUUGGUGAAGAAAUGGUCGGACUUUGCUGGGAGACCACAUUCUUACACCGGAGACGUGGUGUCAGGGGGAGGCCGCUCCAUCUCUCUGGGGGACUACAGUGAGGAGUGGAGGGCCCAUCGCCGUCUGGCCCAUAAUGCACUGCAACGCUGCUCCCAGCAGUCGCUCCACGGGGUCAUCCAGAAACAGGCCCUCCACCUGAGACAAGUGCUGCUGGACUAUAACGGCAGAGCUGCGGAUCUCUCUGAGGAUUUCACUGUAGCAGCCAGUAACAUCAUCACCACACUGGCCUUUGGGAAAGAGUAUGAGAAGAGUUCUGCAGAGCUGCAGAGACUGCAUGGCUGUCUUAAUGAGAUCGUGUCUCUAUGGGGCUCUCCCUGGAUCUCUGCUCUGGACUGCUUCCCACUGCUCAGGAUAUUGCCCAAUCCUCCGUUCUCCCGUCUUCUGAAAGAGGUGGCCAGGAGAGAUGACAUCAUCAGAACACAUCUGGAUGAGUACAAGAUGCAGGCACCGAGCAAAACAUCAGAGGAAGACAUUGCCAUCACAAGCGCUCUCCUCAACGGCCUUGGGAAGCCCCAGGACACAACACAGGGAGUGGUCCUGACAGACACUCACGUCCACAUGGCCACUGUGGACCUUCUGAUCGGGGGAACAGAGACAACAGCUGCCUGGCUCAGCUGGACUGUGGCCUUUCUACUGCACAGGCCUGAGGUGCAGUACAGAGUGUAUGAUGAGUUGUGUUCGGUGCUGGACGGGCGCUACCCUCAGUACAGUGACAGACACAGGCUGCCAGUGCUGUGUGCUGUGAUCAGUGAGGUGCUCAGACUCAGACCUGUGGCUCCGCUAGCUGUGCCUCACAGAGCCAUCAGAGACAGCAGUAUUGCAGGCUACUUCAUCCCUAAGAACACUGUCAUCAUCCCCAAUUUGUUUGGGGCGCAUCAUGACCCUGCAGUGUGGACGGAUCCCUAUUCCUUCAAACCAGAGCGGUUCCUGGAGGGUGGGGGGGCCUCGACGCGUGCUCUCCUGCCUUUCGGAGGGGGCGCUCGGCUGUGUUUGGGGGAGGCCGUGGCCAAAAUGGAAUUGUUUCUGUUCACCGCCUACUUGUUGCGAGAUUUCCAGUUUGUACCUGCUGAAAGCCAGACCUCUCUACCAGACCUGAUAGGAGUAGCCAGUGUGGUACUCAAAGCCAAGGCCUACUCAGUCAUAGCACUGCCCAGACCUGGGCCUUGACCUCUCACAGAGUUUGUUCAUGUACAGUGAUCACAUUACAUUUCUAUCAAUCAUUCGGCUCUAGAGAAAGUAUUCUUAUAAGAGAAGGCAUAUAUUGUGUAGUAUUGUGCAGUAAUGGUGAAGUAAUUGGAAUGUAUAGAAUAAUAUUUUCUAUUUCGUAUAAAUACUUCCUCUUUUAACAACGAAGGAUGCAUUUCUGACUCCCUAAAUAUAUACACCAUAGGUAGCCAGAAUAAGAAUGCUGAUAGGUUUAUUGGAAGAGGGUUGGGCUAAAGGUUAGGGGUUAACUCAGGGGUUAAAGGUUACUACUACUCUGGCAGGGCUGUAACAAACGGUUUGGGUUUGCGGAGGAUCCUCAUCAGGUUCCUGGACAUGUAAUAAGGCUUCUGCAUUGUUCCAUCAUUCCUCUCUAGAUCUUCCACUGUAUGAGGGAGAAACACUGGAGUCACUCUACUACUCUACUACUCUACUAUAACUUACCAUACCUUAAUAUAUUAUACCUUACUAUACUGUACCUUACCAUACCUUAAUAUAUUAUACCUUACUAUACUGUACCUUACAAUACCUUACUAUACUGUACCUUACAAUACCUUACUAUACUGUACCUUACCAUACCUUAAUAUAUUAUACCUUACUAUACUGUACCUUACCAUACCUUACUAUACUGUACCUUACAAUACCUUACUAUACUGUACCUUACAAUACCUUACCAUACUGUACCUUACAAUACCUUACUAUACUGUACCUUACAAUACCUUACUAUACUGUACCUUACAAUACCUUACUAUACUGUACCUUACCAUACCUUACUAUACUGUACCUUACAAUACCUUACUAUACUGUACCUUACCAUACCUUACUAUACUGUACCUUACAAUACCUUACUAUACUGUACCUUACCAUACCUUACUAUACUGUACCUUACAAUACCUUACCAUACUGUACCUUACAAUACCUUACUAUACUGUACCUUACAAUACCUUACUAUACUGUACCUUACAAUACCUUACUAUACUGUACCUUACAAUGCCUUACUAUACUGUACCUUACUAUACUGUACCUUACCAUACCUUACUAUACUGUACCUUACUAUACUGUACCUUACAAUACCUUACUAUACUGUACCUUACCAUACUGUACCUUACCAUACUGUGCUUUACUUUUGUCAUGUCUUUACUAUCAUUAAAUUGAAGACUUAGUUUUUA